CGUCUAACACACUGGAAAAUCAAAGCGCGCUGCUCUCAUGCUGACACACUGUCUGUGCCGCUCGAGGUGCACAACACUAGGGGACUCGAGUUUGCUAUGAAUAUCAACGUUUUUAGUCAAUAUAUGAACUUUUUAAAUCUAUUUAUUGAAUCUUGCAAUACAAGUGGGUGCUGUGUUAGUAUUCCUUACAAAUUGUUUUUAAGUACAACUCAUCAUGUUUAAGCGCCUUUUUAGCUGCUGAGACUUUCUGCUUUGGAGAAAAUGGACUGGAGACUUUCGAGGAGGCGCUGGACGUUGACCGGGCAGGUUGUCUGUCUGCUUCUGUGUGCGUGCGCACUGGACCGGGUUUUGGCGCAGAUCCGGUAUUCAAUUCCCGAGGAGCUGGAACACGGGGCUUUUGUUGGAAAUAUAGCCGAAGACUUGGGCUUAGACGUGGCUAAAUUAUCUUCAAGGAGAUUUCGGAUUGUGUCGGGGGCAAGAAAACAAUAUUUAGAGGUGAAUUUGGAGAAUGGGAUUUUGUUUAUGAAUGAAAAGAUUGACCGCGAGGAGCUCUGUGAACAAAGUCCUGUUUGUUUUUUACACUUGCAAGUUGUUAUUGAGAACCCUUUGGAAUUGUACCGGGUUGAAGUUGAAAUCUUAGACGUAAAUGAUAACGCUCCCAGUUUCCCGUGGAGCGAGUUUAAUUUGGAGAUCACGGAGUCCGCUGCGCCGGGCUCCCGGUUCCCAUUGGAGAGCGCGCAGGAUUUUGAUGUGGGUUCCAACUCUCUGCGCUCGUACUUGCUGAGCUCGAAUCAACACUUCGCGCUGGACAUUCAGACCCGUAACGACGGCAGCAAAUUCGCCGAACUCGUUCUACAGGCGCCGCUAGACCGGGAGAAACAAAAGGCGCACGAGAUGGUGCUCACGGCCGUGGACGGUGGAUCUCCUUUGCGCUCGGGCACGGCACAGAUAACUGUCACUGUGCUGGAUGCCAACGACAACGUACCUGUAUUUGACCGGUCUGUAUACCGGGUCAGCUUAGUAGAGAAUGCGCCGAGAGGCACGCUCGUGCUCAAACUAAACGCCACCGACCUGGACGAAGGAGCAAACGGUGAGAUUACAUAUUCGUUCAGCGGGCACGCGCCUCUGAAAGUGCGAGAGCUGUUCAGCGUGGACUCUCAUUCAGGUGAGAUUCGGGUAAAAGGCAUUGUGGACUACGAAAGGGCCAGCGUUUACGAGCUUUACGUUCAGGCGAAAGACAAGGGUCCUUCAGCCGUGGCUGUGCACUGUAAAGUACUGGUUGAUAUUCUAGACGUGAACGACAAUGCGCCCGAGGUCAUAUUAACCUCUGUGUCAACACCUGUUCAAGAGGAUGCGCCACCGGGCACGGUGAUAGCUGUGAUAAGUGUAAUGGACCGUGACUCUGGAGAGAACGGGGCCGUCGAUUGCCAGGUUCCUGGUAACGCGCCUUUCCAGCUGCACUCUUCUUUCAAAAACUAUUACACACUUGUAACCAGCGAGUUUCUCGACAGAGAAUCUGUGGCCGAGUACAACAUCACCCUAACUGCGCGAGAUCUGGGCUCACCGCCGCUGUCCACCAGGAAAACGAUUCUGGUUCAAGUGUCUGAUAUUAAUGACAAUCCACCGCGUUUUAUUCAGCCGUCUUAUACGGUAUAUGUGACCGAGAAUAACGCCCCGGGCGCAUCCAUUUGCUCGGUGACGGCAGUCGAUCAGGACUCUAACCAAAAUGCUUAUUUGUCCUACUCUAUACUGGAGGGUCAGAUUCAGGGCAUGCCCGUGUCCACGUACGUCUCAAUCAAUUCUGAUAACGGGAACAUCUACGCGCUUCGCUCUUUUGAUUACGAGCAGCUCAGAAACUUCCAGAUCCGCGUACAGGCGCAGGACGCGGGCUUCCCUCCGCUUAGCAGCAACGUGACCGUCAACGUUUUUGUUUUGGAUCAAAAUGACAACGCACCGGUCAUCCUAUCCCCGUUACCGAAAAACGGCACCGUAGCUAUUGAGAUGGUGCCCAGAUCAGUGGACGCGGGGUACCUUGUGGCCAAAAUCACGGCACUAGACGCGGACGCAGGGCAAAACUCGCGUCUAUCAUAUCAAGUGCUUCAGGCGACCGAUCCGGGACUGUUCAGCGUCGCGUUAUACACCGGCGAGAUAAGGACGAUCCGCCGCUUUGUGGACAAAGACGCCAUCAGGCACAGACUUGUUAUACUUGUCAAGGACAACGGGCAGCCUCCGCUCUCAGCUACCGUGUCCAUCAUUUUGUCGGUGGUGGACAGCGUGCCGGAGUCCCUGUCCGACUUUGGCGACCUCUCACUUAGCCCCCAGCCCCCGUCUAAUCUAGCCCUAUAUUUAAUCGUGUCAUUGAGCACAGUCUCGCUCAUCUUCCUCGUGGUCAUAAUCGUUUUGGCGGCUGUGAAAUGCUACAAGGAUCGAGACUCCCUCAGCGGUUACGCGCUGUCAUCGCUCAGCGCCGCUUGCUGCAGCUUUGAACCAGAGCCGCCUACCGAUGUUUUUAAAAAGUCUAACCUCAAUCUACAGAUCUCCACUGGCGCGAAAGUACCUACGAACUGCGUGGAGGUAAAUAGCAAUCCUGGAAAUCUUUCUCAAGCUUACUGCUACAAAGUGUGUUUGACACCCGAAUCUGCAAAGAGCGACUUUACGUUUCUUAAGCCUUGCAGUCCCAGUACGCCGAGAAAUAACGCGACGAAAGGAGCGGGUAACCUGGCGCUGAGCUCCCAGAGCCGCUGCUCAUCCGUGAAUAACGGAGCGACAACACCGAACGAGCUGAAGCAAGCAAACACAGACUGGGCACUCAUGAGGAACCAAACAUCUUCUCUUAAAAGUUGCAACUCUACACACAUGGAUGGCACUUUAAUGCGAAAGGCCAUGCAGGCAGAACCAGAAAAUUAUAGUCAAAUGGCUACAGGACAGUACUGGACCUGGGGAACCCGAUCGAGAGAGUACCGGAUGAAUUCUCCAGCACGUGGGGUUUCUCAGAGAGUGUGGACCCCUCAUUACACUCCACCACACAAUCCCACCCAUCAUCUUCAACAGCAGGCCACGGCGCAGGUCCCCGCGCACCCUCCACCGGACUACCAGCACAACGUCUAUAUCCCCGGCACGCCAUCCGGCUUCUGUACCCUUCGCCCAAGCUAUCGCAGUGAACUCGAUGUCCACAACUCCUUCUCCACCUUUGGAAAGAAACGUAGGUUCAUCUCCCCCAACAGUUUUGACCCCGGCGAUGAUACAGGGACAGAGGUCAUCAAUAAUGACUUGUAUAAUGAAUAAAAGAACUUGAGUUCUGAUGGUAGAAAGAGAGGACAAGUGAUGAAACGAUGGAGAAAAAGAGGAGCGUGACUCAUUAUUAUGACCAAAGCAUAGCACUCAUCCUCUGAGCCUCAGAUGAUGCCCUCUGACCACCUGCAGAUGCUCUAUACUUUCUAAUGCAUUUUGCACACAAUAGAGCACUUGUGGAAAUUGAAAUCAUAUAGUUCAACUGCAGCACAACUUUAUUUUGAUCAGUAUGCUAGGGAACAAAAUCAUGAAAGGGGUUUGCACGAUCUGCAGAUUUAAACCUUUUUAAAGGGACACUCCACUUUUU